GCAUACAUUCAAAACGGCUAGUGUGAUACGAUCUCAACAGUGGAAUACGUAAAGCGCUGCAGCAGAUCGUUCAUUAAUACAGAGACAUUGACAGGUCUAUCAUUCGCGGCGAGCACUAGCAAUCAUCUUACCAUGGAGGCUGAGGAUGCUCUAAUUCAGGAGGUUCCUGCCGAGGAAGCUGUCGCGGAGACCGCACCGACGAACGGCAACACACCUAUUGAGCCGGACCUGGCGUCAGGCAACUUCAUCAAGGUGUCUGCCAAGGGCAACGUAAAGGCGGUCGCCGGCAAGAUUGCGCAUAGUGCACGAGAGGGGGAGGUGCCUGCGGCCCUUUGCAUUGGGCCGGAGUGCAUCAACGUGGCCAUCAAGGCCAUUGCCAUCGCCCGCACCUAUCUGCAACAAGACACCAUUGACUUAAGCUUCCAGCCAGCCUUCCGUGACGCGGACCGGUCGAAGAAGAGCCUUGCACUUUACAUCGCCAAGGGCAAGGCGCGUGCACCCAUCUCGACAGUGGACGACGUGGAGAUGCCCAUCGGCUCUCAGAGCAAGCCCCAGGUGGUGGCUGGCGCGCUGGCGGCACGCAUUCGCGAGGAGAAGUCGGUGUGUCUCACCGCUAUCGGCAUUGACGCCGUGUCCAACGCCGUGCUCGCCAUCGGCAACGCGCGCCUCUACCUGGAGCAGGACCGCAAGGACAUCCGCGCACUGCCGUCGUUCGUGCAGGUGCACAAGAAUGGCCGUGACCUCAACGCGGUGCGCUUUGCGCUGGUUGUGGAGAACAUCUAAGCGGGCUUCAUGUCUACCGAUCCAGACAGCGGGCUUCGUGUCUGAAAGAGGAUUGGCUUAGGCGGGGUGCUGAGGGCGAGCGAGGCGGACACGGAUGCGGAUUUGGGUCGCGCUGCACAACUCUGAUGCAAGCGCGGGCACCAGCUAUCCCAUCGAUUUGCGAUAUAGGGACGCCGUGUCGGCACAAGGCACGGGGAGCGCACCUGUGGAGGCACCGAGUCAGGGGUUGCUGAACAGGGAUACGUGCGUGUACUGUUGAUUGGCCCGGCCAAUAGGCGAUAGCACUCGUCAAUACGUGGUACUCGUUUAGCUCCCCCGCCAAAGCCUGUGGCGCAGAAACUAGAGCACCCUCCCCCCACGACAGGCCUGAGGUGUCGUGUGAGAGGUGGGACAGCGGUGCAGGUGGGAGAGAGGUGGGACAGUGGUGCAGUGGCUGGUAGGGCGAGUUGCUACGCAGGAUGCGGGAGUUGAGCGCUGCGGCAGUCAUUCCCUGCGAACGGACGACGCUCCGAGUGUGGAGUGUGUGUAAUCCUGAAGUGUG